AUGGAAGGAGUGAAGAGCCCGCGGAAGCUCAGCAGCCGUCGAACACAGGUACUGUCAGAAGCGCGGAGUUAUUUUGCGGAGAAAAAGAAAAACACCAUUGUCCUACGUAUCAUGUAUCGGCGUCGCACAGCCAAUCCAGAAAUUUUUGCGUACUUACGCACACACUGCAAACGGAGCGGUGGAAGAAGUGUAUUCAUUCAGGAGAAAGGCGAUCUCUUUCUUAGCGAUCCUGCUGGAUUAGCGCACGUUUGUGCUCCUUUAGAACGAACCAAAGAUAAAGCCGAGCGCAUGUCUUAUGAAUGUCUGCAGGAAAGAAGACAGCAUCCGACUGGAAACCAUCUAGGAACGCAAAUGUACUGGCGACUUCGCAGAUUAUGUGGUGACAGGAAAUAUCCUAGAUAUGUUGAACUCGUAUGUGUACUCCAGACAUUUACCACCAUUGCACUGGUCGGCUUAAGGGCGUUGGAUGAGGUCAUUGAUCACACAAGGCGAUUGCGACUGAGGGAUAGAGAAAGGCGAAGAAAAGUUACCGCUGCCAUGUCAGAAUUCGAAGAUCUUCGAAGCCGCUCCGUAAUUACAGCCGCAGAAGCCGAAGAAUAUUGCCGUGAGAUGGCUCGCUUCACAUCCGACAGAGCUAUGUAG